AUGGAGCCUCUCGAUGAUGCGCCGCCACCAAUCGCGAUAGUCGGAAUAGGUUUGAAACUCCCAGGCGGUAUCACGACAACGGAACAAUAUUGGGAUCUUCUCAUAAACAAAAGGAGUACGCAGACACAGGUCCCGGAUAACCGAUAUGGCGCGCACGCCUUCGAAAGCAAAUUAGGGACACCGGGCACGCUGAAAAGCACAUACGGACAUUAUUUGGAAGGCGACCUAGAGAAAUGGGAUGCAUCAUUUUUCUCUAUGAGUAAGAAUGAAGUUGAGAAGCUUGAUCCACAGCAUAGGCUGCUGCUUGAGGUCAUAUGGGAGUGCAUGGAGGCUGGUGGACAGAAGCGUUGGCGUGGCCGCAAUAUUGGCUGCUAUGUUGGUGUAUUUGGCGAAGAUUGGCUGGAUCUAUAUGCCAAAGAUCCUCAGCAUUUAGGAACGCACCGAAUCUUGACUGGAGGUGAUUUUGCCUUGUCAAACCGGGCUUCUUACGAAUAUGAUUUGAAAGGACCCAGCAUGACUAUCCGCACUGCGUGCUCGUCUUCACUUGUCACACUCCAUGAAGCCUGCCAAGCCAUCUAUACUGGAGAGUGUGAAUCCGCCAUUGGGGUCCUCUCACCAACGGGAUCAUGCAAAACGUUUGAUGCCAAAGCAGACGGCUAUGCUCGCGGUGAGGCAAUCAAUGCCAUCUUCAUCAAAAAGCUGGAGGACGCUAUUCGCGAUGGAGAUCCGAUCCGCGGUGUUAUCAGAGGCACAGCCACCAAUUUUGACGGCAAGACUAUUGGGAUUACUAACCCCAAUCAAGAGGCUCAUGUAGCUCUCAUGCGUCGAGCCUAUGAAGUGGCUAAAAUAUUUAAUAUUAGCGACACUGCGUUUGUUGAGUGCCAUGGGACAGGAACACAAGUUGGUGAUCCCAUGGAGACCGGGGCCGUUGGCCGAGUGUUUGGCAGUCGAGGCACAUAUAUUGGAUCUGUGAAACCAAAUAUUGGCCAUGGAGAAGGUGCUUCCGGCUUGAGUAGUUUGAUCAAGGCUGUAUUAUGCCUGGAACAUGAGACUAUUCCGCCACAAGUAAACUUCUCCAACCCCAAUCCAAAAAUCAAAUGGGACAAAUACAAUUUGAGAGUUCCAACGGAGCCCACGUCAUGGCCAAAGGACCGCUUACAGCGUGUAUCCGUAAACUGCUUCGGUGUAAUCAUUGAUUCAGCAAAGUCCUACAUCUCACAAGAAGAGGCGCUGCUGGACACUGGCCCUCAAUUGCUCGUGUUCUCUGCCCACCAAAGUGUCUCCUUGAAAGAGAGAGCCGCCGCUGUAUUUAAUUACGCAAAACAGCAUCAUGGCCAAUUGGCAAACGUCGCAUAUACUCUAGGAUGCAGAAGAGACAACUUGGCUCAGCGUGCCUUUGCCGUCUACGAUGGUGUUAAUACUCCUGAGCUCUCUCCUAUUGUCAAACCUAAAGACUCCCCUCGGGUCAAUUUUGUCUUUACUGGGCAAGGCGCACAAUGGGCGAGAAUGGGAGCCGAUAUUCUUUCUCCAUAUCCCAUAUUUCGUGACGCCAUCCAUGCAAUGGAUGCUGCUCUUAUGAACCUGCCUCAUCCCCCCAAGUGGACAAUAGAAGAGGAGCUCAUGCGCCCUGCGGAAGAAAGCAAGAUCCAACAGCCGGAAUUUUCACAGCCAAUAUGCACCGCGCUUCAAAUAGGCCUUGUGAACCUACUAAAAGGCUGGGGAAUCACUCCUGCAGCUGUGGUCGGCCACUCUAGUGGCGAGAUGGGAGCUGCAUAUGCAGCCGGCGCCCUGACUCUAGAGGAAGCCAUCAUUAUUGCUUACUAUCGCGGUCAAGUCACUCAAAAUUACGGUCGAGUUGGUGCAAUGGCAGCCGUUGGCCUUGGCCGCGAAGCUGUCGUCACGUAUCUUCGAGAAGGGGUUGUUAUUGCUUGCGAAAAUAGCCCCAAAAGCGUCACACUAUCAGGAGACGUUGAACGCCUGGACGAAGUCGUUGCUCUCAUAAAGGAAGAUUUACCAGAAACCUUUGCUCGCAAGCUGAGAGUUGAGAGAGCCUAUCAUUCGCACCACAUGUGUGAAAUUGGUGGUAUGUACGAGAAGCUGUUAGAUGGUCUUGUGAAGGAUAAAAAGCCUUCCGUUCCUUUCUUUUCUAGCGUUACCGAAAAGCAAAUCAAGGGAUCUGGUCAACUGGGACCAUCCUAUUGGAGGCAUAAUUUGAAAAAUCCAGUAUUAUUUUCUCCGGCAGUGCAGCUCAUGAUGCAUUCCGCCGUGGAAGAUGCAGUGUACCUAGAGGUUGGUCCUCACGCUGCUCUAUCUGGUCCCCUACGAGACAUCUUCAAAUCCGUCCAGAUUUCAACUGCAUCUACUUAUGUUCCCACUCUAAUUCGAAAUGAAAACGGCCCCAAAUCAAUACUCAGCUCCCUUGGGCGACUCUACCAGGAGGCUGUCCCUGUUAAUCUUGCUGCCACAACAGCAGGUCGCACCGUUCUAACAGAUCUUCCCAGCUAUGCAUGGCAACACGACACUGCUUAUUGGUAUGAGAGCCGAGUUUCGCGCGAUUGGCGCCUUCGCAAAUUCCCUCCUCAUGAACUGCUUGGAAACCGUAUCUUGGAGUCUGACGACUUGGAACCUACUUGGAGGAACAUGCUCCGUUUGGAUGAUGCUCCCUGGGCUCGAGAUCAUAGGAUUCAGGACGAUAUUGUUCUACCUGCUGCAGCUUAUGUCGCCAUGGCUAUAGAGGCUCUGAGACAGCUCAAUGGCGGUGGCGAGAUAGAUGCAUCUCUGAAGCAAGUGGAGAUCCAAAAUGCGUUAAUUCUGAAAGAGCAGCAAGCACACGAGAUUAUAACACACUUUCGUCCUGUCCGCAUAACUUCUAAACUCAGUUCUAUAUGGUAUGAGUUUUCUAUUUUAUCGUUCAAUGGCGCCUCUUGGACGAAGCACUGCGUGGGCAAAGUGAGAUCGGGCAAAGAAAUCAGCGCUGGUAGUGAGGAUGUUGGACAGCAACCGCGUCAAGUUUCUACUACUGGAUGGUAUCGUGUCAUGAAGAAAGUAGGGCUGAACUAUGGACCCGAGUUUCAGGGCUUAUCCGGCAUUUCAGUCUAUCCUGGACGCCGUGCUGCUGCUGCCACGAUCAAAAAUCGUGACCCAAUGCUUGGUCCUUACUAUCCCCUGCAUCCCAGCGUCAUAGAUCUUGUGCUCCAGGCGUUUACUGUUGCAAUUGCCGACGGAUUGACUCGACAACUCGGCCAGCUUUGUGUGCCAUCGUACAUUGAUGAGCUAUACAUUAGCAAUGGCCAGCCUGAGAUGCGGCUUGGCACUGCUGCUAUAUCAAGCGCAACUGGGGCAAUUCGCGGCUCAGCCACUAUUAUGGCUGAUAAAAAGGUGGUUUUGAGCUUGCGAAAUGGAGAGUUCAGUCCUCUGGAAACAGGUGAUGAAGAUAAGACCGGCCCUAUGCCAGCUGCUCAUCUGCACUGGAAGCCUCAUGUUGAUUUCAUUUCGCCAAAUAAUCUCAUCUAUACAGUACAACCUCUGCCAGAUGUAGAUGAAGUGGCAAACAUUGAGAAACUGGCUCUUUUAUACCAGCUAUCUAUACUCCAACAUAUUGAACAAGCACAGGUUACCCAGAGCUAUGCAUGCUUCAACGAAUGGCUCAUUAAGCAAAGAGCAAAAGCUCUUGAAGGCAAAUAUGCAAAUGUGCCAGAUAGCGCGCAUCUCGCUCAACUUAGCCCAAUAAAGGCCAAGGCCGAUAUUGAACAUACAAAAGAAUAUCUUUUGCAAACUGGCUGCGCCAGGGUCGCUACCGUUCUUCAUCAGCUUGCCAUGGGUGCAGAGGCUAUCUUCCGGGGCGAGCAGAACAUGAAUGAUGUGCUCGAAGACGUUGGUGGCUUGCAUAGCCUAUAUAACUUCAUUGACAGCCGAAGCGACUUCUCACCUCUCUUUAGCACGCUUGCUCAUGCCAAUCCAACAAUGAGAGUGCUAGAACUUGGAAUUGGAGCCUCUGGUGUUUCCGUAAAGGCAUUGGAAGCCCUCGUUAGCUCAGCUGGUGAGAAUUACUACAGCACGUAUUUCUACACAGCUCGCGAUGAGAGAUCUCUCGAUAUUGCCAGACAGAAGCUAAAAGGAUAUGAGAAUGUAGAGUUCAAAACUCUUGAUCUCGCCAAAGAUCUCACAUCGCAAGAUUUUGAACUUGCAUCUUUCGACCUCAUCAUUGCUACUAGAGCUUUUUAUCGCUGUUCUAACAUUGAGGGCUCUCUCAAAAAUGUUCGCAAACUCAUCAAGCCAAAUGGCCGACUACUUAUUCAGGAGGUAUUGCCUAAUGCAAACUUUUACAACUUUAUAAUGUGCUUCUAUUCUGGACAAUGGGAGGUAAAGGAAGGCGACUGUAAGGAUGAGGACUUGUUCGAGGCAUAUCAGUGGGAUAGUCUCCUUAUAGAAGCUGGAUUCUCUGGCAGUGAAGGCUUGACUAUGGACAAAGACAACAUCAUCAUGGAUAUUCUUACCACGGCAGCUAUGCAACCACAGAACUACGGGAAGGUCACUCUUCUUGGCCAUAGCGAAUCCGAAGAUCAUACACAGUGUCUCUCCGAACUUCUCAGUUCACAGGGGUAUGAGGUUGGGUUUCGCACGCUCACCCAAGAGCCAGAUCCAGAUGCAGAUGUCAUAUCUCUACUAGAUCUGCAUGACACAAUGUUCUUUGAGAUGAGUGAAAACGCAUUUAAUGCAUGGCAGCGUUACAUUGGAAAGUUUCCUGCUGGAAAGGGACUAUUAUGGGUGACUGGUCACGCCCAGGUUGGGUCACAAGAUCCACGAUACGCCACUACAAUUGGGGCAACUCGCAAUAUCAGAUCUGAGCUCUCACUGGAUUUUGCGACACUUGAGUUAGACUUGGAUAAAUUUGAUGCGGAAGCAGUUCUGAGUGUCUUCAAAAGGUUCCGCAAUAGGGUCAAAGACGAUGAGUUUGAUCCUGAUUGGGAGUAUGCCAUUGUCAAUGGCAGUGUCAUGGUCCCGAGAUAUCAGUGGAUAAAUGCCGAAGAGCUCAGCAGCAAAGAAGCGCAUGUCGAGUUCAACUCUCCGAAGAAACUAGAAAUUGCACGCAUGGGCCAACUUCAGACUUUACGGUGGAUAGAGGAUGAAAUCAUCCCGCUGCAAGCUGAUCAAGUGGAGAUUGAGCCCCGUGCCGUCGGUAUGAACUUUAAAGACAUUCUUGUUGCUAUGGGUAUUGUUGAAGGCUACAAACCGGGUCUCGGUAUUGAGUGUUCUGGCAUCAUCCGCAAAGUUGGUGGUGGCGUCAAAGGCUUGUUACCUGGAGAUCGAGUCAUGGCUAUCGGCCACGGAUGUUUUACAACAAACUUCAUUUCCGACGCGAGCCUUGUGGCCAAGAUACCCAGUGAUCUUAGCUUUGAGGAGGCGGCUACAGUUCCGUGUGUUUAUGCUACAGCAAUUCAUGCUCUUAUUAACCUUGGUGGGCUUCGUCAAGGCAUGUCGGUUCUCGUUCAUUCAGCUUGUGGCGGCGUUGGAAUAGCAGCACUUAACAUCUGUGAAAUUCUGGGUGCUGAGAUCUACGCCACUGUUGGAAAUGCUGAAAAAGUUCAAUAUCUAGUAGAUAACUUUGGCAUCCCUCGCCAAAACAUCUUCAACUCCCGCGAUUCCUCGUUCUACGAGAGUAUAAUGGAAGCCACUAAUGGCAGAGGUGUCGACUUGGUGCUUGAUUCUUUGUCGGGAGAGCUUCUUCACGCAUCAUGGAAAUGCGUUGCCCCAUUCGGCAAGAUGCUUGAGAUUGGUAAACGCGAUUUCAUCGGCCGAGGACAGCUUGGCAUGGAGAUAUUUGAGUCAAAUCGGUCGUUUCAUGGCAUCGAUAUGUCCCAAAUGGCCGUGGAAAGACCGGACAUGUGCAAAGAAAUUCUACAGCAGUUCAACAAGUACUACGAGCAAGGCGCCAUCAAGCCUAUAUCACCUAUGAAGCGCUUCGAGGCAACUGAUAUUAUCGAGGCCUUUCGAUAUAUGCAGAAGGGGCAGCAUGUUGGUAAGAUUGUAGUCUCCAUGCCAACAGAUGGAUCCAAAUUACAAGUUGCGGCAAAACCUCGUACAGCAAAGUUCAAAAGCGACAAAACCUACCUGUUGGUCGGUGGCCUUGGGGGCAUAGGCAAAUCUGUCUCUAACUGGAUGAGAUUUGUCCAAGAAAUUGAAGCGCAAGGAUGUGCGGUGCAGGCUAUUAAGGGGAGCGUUACGAGCUUGCAAGAUGUUUGUCAAGCAGUGAAGCAGGCAAUGAAGCCGAUCGCAGGCGUCUUCUUGAUGACAAUGAUUCUAAGAGAUCGUGGCAUCUUACAACUCUCUCACGAUGACUGGUUCACAGCGGCUGGACCCAAAGUUGACGGCGCCAUCAAUCUUCACCAAGCUCUAGAACAUUGCGAUUUGGACUUCUUCACCUUAUUCAGUUCCAUAUCUUACGUUGUGGGACAAGUGGGCCAAGCAAACUACUCGGCAGCCAACGCAUAUCUAACAGCAUUCACUCAAUUUCGCCACGAGCAGGGACUCCCAGCGGAUGUACUAAACGUCGGAGUUGUAGACGACGUAGGAUAUGUCGUUGAGAAUCCAGCUCUGCUUGACCAAUUUCGCGCCCUGAGCUUCUACACUCUUGAAGAAAAUGAGCUACUCGAGGGCCUGACGUAUACGUUAUCUCACCAGCACCCUGCACCCUCUUCUUCGGACGAUGGCUUCUACAAUCCGUCUGAGCUUGCUAUUGGUCUCAAGAGCACGAAGCUACUGUCUGAUCCUUCUAAUCGCUGUAUUUGGAAGCGUGACCGACGCAUGGCCCAGGCACAUCUCCACGACGCUGGCUCAUCUUCCAGCAACGGAGGCUCCGAGGACUUUGGCCAAUUCAUAAAGAGCGUCCACACCACUCCUUUGCUGCUCGAUACGCCGAGGAAUGUUGACUUUCUGACAAGUCAAAUCGGCUUAUGCAUUUACAACCUCAUGUCACGAGAUGUAAAGGAUCUGGACUUGAGUCUUAGCCUCAUCCAGCUGAGUGUUGAUUCGCUCGUCUCCAUUGAGAUUCGCAACUGGUGGCGCCGCACGCUGGGCGUUAGCAUCAGCGCGCUUGAGUUUAUGGGUGCUGGAAGCAUUACUAACUUGGGCAAGUUGGCUGCCAAGGCCAUUAAGGAGGCCCACGGAGCCGCUUAA